CGAAAAUACGCUUUGUCCGAGGUUCGAGGUCGACGGGAUGAUGUAUGAAGGGGCGAACACGACGAUCAACGCGGCCUUCUCGGCCAUGUCCCUUAACCCGGCCAGCGCCUACGGGCGCAGCAGCGGGAGCAACCUCAUGCUGCAGCCGGCGGCGACCGCUGCCCGCGGCAAGAAGAGCCACCUCGACCGGCCGCUCGGGCGCGGCAAGGCCGAAGUGUCCGAGUCGGCCUUCUCGUUCCUCUUUUGCGAGAUGGUCCAGUACUACCAGCGGCGCGUCGAAAACAUCUCGGACCUCGAGCGCCUCCUCGACUCGGCCGGCUACGGCGUCGGCGUCCGUGUGCUCGAACUUCUGAGCUACCGCGAUAUGAACGGCAACAUUGCGCGGGACAAGCUGCGGCGCGAGACGCGGCUCCUCAACAUGCUCCAGUUUGUCGUUUCGGUCUGCUGGAAGACGCUCUUUGGGAAGGCAGCGGACGCGCUCGAGCGCAGUACUGAAAACGAAAACGAAUACAUGAUCCACGAGCUCGACCCGCUCACCAACAAGUUCAUCUCGGUGCCAGUCGACAUGGGCCAGCUCAACUGCGCAGCGUACAUUGCUGGUGUCAUCCGUGGCAUCCUCGACUCGGCGGGCUUUUACUCGCAAGUCGAAGCGCAUACCGUCGAGGUUGGGAACGGGCAGCCGGACAAGACGGUCUUCCUCGUCAAGUUCGACGACCGCGUCAUGAAGCGAGAAAAGGUGCUGGCGUAGGUGUCACGGGACCAUCGCUUCGAAAAACACGCAACUUGCAGUGGCA